CGCUUGCGCAGUAGGGUGGCCGCUCCCGGCCGCGUGCGGCGCGCAGGUCGGCGCAAGCGCGGAGGCCGGGGCAGUUGGCCGGCGCGCUACCGCGCAUGUGUGUCAACUACGAGGGUGGGUGCCGGGCCGGAGGCUUUAGAGUAACAGCGCAGGCACCACACCUGCUGGUGUCCCGAUGGAGCAGCGUGCUGGCCAUCCCAGCGGAGAAGCCAAAGAGGAAAGUAACGCCGUGCCUCUUUGUCCAGCCAAACCCUCCCCUAGCUUUAUUAAUCUUCCAGCAAGUUCCCCACCAGCUGCUUCCCUGAGCAUCCAGAAAACAAAGCCGCCCUCAGCGCACCUCCGCUGCUCUCCCUCAGGAGUUGACCACAAGCCCACGGAAUGCCUGGGACUCCUGGAGUGUAUGUACGCCAAUCUCCAGCUCCAGACCCAGCUCGCCCAACAGCAGAUGGCUAUUUUGGAAAAUUUACAAGCGUCCAUGACACCGCUGGCUCCUGAGCGGGGAAGCAAGAACUCUACUCUCUCAGCCUUGUCCCGCAGCCUGUUGUUAAAUCACCGGCCCAGUCCACUAAAUGAGUCGCGGAACUAAGUCACUGUGUGCGUCUUCUGCUUUCUCCCCGGCAAGCCCUCGGUGGAACCCAGUGUAUAGGAAUCCUGCACAUGGCUGGUUCACAGUCAGUGCUCGCCGGGUGCAAAGCACUGGGCGAGUCACUGGGGAUGCGUGUCACGGUAGAGACCGUCUUGGGAUAGUUAGCAUCUAACAAGGCAGCUAAGAUAAUUCCUUGCAAAAUGUAGCAGUCCUUGGAGGGGGGCUGCAGGGGGGCUGCAGGGGAGGGCGUUUUUAGGGAGGGCAGCUGUACCCAUCUUGGACUCUGUGAAGGGGUGGGCAUGGGGACAUAGGGAGAUGAAGUAAGGGGGGGUUCAUGUCAGUGGAGGGGCUUGGACAAGGACCUUGAGGUAGGAGAAUAAGUCAGUAGAAAUUAGGAGGGGAAGCUUUCCUCCCCAACAGAGGAUGUGAGGGAGAAUGGAGAGAGCUGAGAUCUGACAAGGCAGCUUUCCCCGGGCAAUGGGACUAACCACAGCCUCUAGAAGCUCUGAUUCUAUUGGAGGCACUGAAGAGCCGUUGGAAGCCUUCAGAGAGCAGCAGGGCACGUGUAAGGUCAUGGAAACACCACGGGCAGGCAUUCUGGGGUGGAAGGGCAAUGGCGCUCAUGAAACCUAAAUCAGUUGAUAAUGUAAUCUGAUGUGAGACUACUGUUGGCCAGAUAAGGGGGUUAGAAACAGACAGGUCAUCUCCUCAAGACGGAGUGGGGGAAUCUGAGCUGUACUGCAGAGAAGGACUGACUUCCAACAGAGAAGGACUGACUACCAGCUUUGAACUUGAAACACCAAGACACGGCACAUGGAAAUUUCUCUGCGGGGAAGACAGUUUAGCUUUGAUGAGGGGUCAGGUCCAGCCAUAAAUUUCCAGUAUUUGAGAAGAGGACACAUGAGCUUAGCUCAGCCAUGUGAGCCACACUGGGUCGUCACUUUCACAGAUGCGUUGGCAAAUUACUCUCAAGACUGGUUCCUUUUCCCCAGACGCCUUCUCUUCCUGUGAAAUGCAGGGGGAGAGCUGGGUUGGUUUGCAGAGGUGGGGAGGAGGGAAAGCAGUGAUUAAGAAGAGGGUUUCAGGGGUGCCUGGGUGGCUCAGUGGGUUAAAGCCUCUGCCUUCGGCUCAGGUCAUGAUCCCAGGGUCCUG